AUGGAAGAGGACAGCAGGAGGGUGGAUACGGUGCGGAUGGGGAACAACCCGGAUGGGAGCUUGCUGCGGGCAUCGUCAUCAUGGUGUGCGUCGAGAGGAAGCAAUGCAUUCUGGUCGUCGGCAAGGGAGGAGGACGACGAGGAGGUGUUGCGAUGGGCGGCCAUAGAGAAGCUGCCCACCUACGACCGCAUGAGGAAAGGCAUCCUCACAGCAGUGGGCGCUGGCAUGCAGGAGGUGGACAUCCAGGAGCUCAGCAUGCAGGAAAGGAAAUGCCUCAUCCAGCGCCUCAUCCGUAUCCCCGUGGAGGACAACGAGAGAGUUGGGAUUCAGAACCCGACAAUAGAAGUGCGGUUUGAGCACUUGACUAUCCACACGGAGCCGUGGGAAAAAGGGUUGUCAAAUUUCUUCAGCAGUUCAGCUCCUGACUGUUGUGAGCUGUUCCUUUCUCAGUAUGCGCUGACUGCUUUGCACGUUAUCUCCAGUGGGAAGAGACCUAUCUCCAUCCUUCAUGACAUAAGUGGAAUCGUAAGAUCGAACAGAAUGUCUUUGUUACUAGGUGCUCCUGGAUCUGGGAAAACGAGUCUACUUCUAGCUUUGGCAGGGAAACUUGAUUCAACCCUAAAGGUAUCAGGAAGGGUGACUUAUAAUGGACAUGACAUGGACGAAUUUGUCCCCCAAAGUACAUCGGCAUACAUAGGGCAGCAUGAUGUUCACAUAGGUGAAAUGACGGUCCGUGAAACAUUGGCAUUCGCUGCAAGAUGUCAAGGAGUUGGAACACGUUAUGAUAUGCUUACUGAACUCUCAAGAAGGGAGAAACAAGCCAAAAUUAGGCCAGAUCCUGACAUUGAUGUUUACAUGAAGGAAGGACAAGAGAACUUCGUUACUGAUUAUAUCCUCAAAAUUUUGGGUCUGGAUAUUUGUGCAGAUAUAAUGGUUGGAGACUCUAUGAUCAGAGGUGAGAUGCUUGUUGGGCCAGCUAAUACACUAUUCAUGGAUGAAAUCUCCACUGGUCUGGACAGUUCCACGACCUAUCAGAUCGUCAACUCUCUAAGGCAGUCGGUCCACAUCCUUGGUGGCACUGCACUCAUCUCAUUGCUUCAGCCUGCACCUGAAACAUAUGAGCUAUUCGAUGAUAUCAUUCUCCUUGCUGAAGGCCAAAUCGUGUACCAGGGUCCCCGAGAAAAUGUCAUCGAGUUUUUUGAGGCCACGGGCUUCAGAUGUCCUGAUAGGAAAGGUGUUGCAGACUUCUUGCAAGAAGUUACUUCUAGGAAGGAUCAAUACCAGUACUGGUGUAGAAGAGAUGAGCCAUAUCGGUACGUCUCAGUAAAUGAGUUCGUAGCGACCUUCAAAGUAUUUCAUGUUGGGAAUGCAUUGGGAUUGGAGCUCGAAGUGCCCUUCGAUCGAACCAAGAACCACCCUGCUGCCCUCACAACAUCAAAGUUUAGUAUCAGCAGGAUGGAGCUUCUCAAGGCAUGCUUUUCUAGGGAGUGGCUGCUGAUGAAGAGGAACUCAUUCAUUUACAUCAUCAAAGUAGUGCAGCUCAUGAUCCUAGGAACCAUUGCAAUGACGGUCUUCCCGCGCACAAAAAUGCAUCGACACAGUGUCGAAGAUGGAGUCAUCUUUCUAGGCGCGAUGUUCCUUGGCCUAGUUACACAUUUGUUCAAUGGUUUUGUUGAGGUUGCCAUGAGCAUUGCAAAGCUGCCAAUAUUUUAUAAGCAGAGAGAUCAUCUCUUCUAUCCAUCAUGGGCAUAUGCAUUGCCUACAUGGUUGCUCAAGAUCCCAAUAUCAUUCUUGGAAUGCGCUAUGUGGACUGGCAUGACUUACUAUGUCAUUGGUUUUGAUCCAAGCAUCGAAAGAUUCUUCCGUCAUUACCUUCUGCUUGUACUAAUAAGCCAGAUGGCAUCUGGUCUUUUCCGGCUUCUUGCUGCAGUAGGAAGAGACAUGGUUGUUGCAGAGACGUUUGGCUCAUUUGCUCAGAUUGCCCUGCUGAUUCUUGGUGGAUUCUUGAUAGCAAGAAAUAACAUCAAGACAUCCUGGAUUUGGGGUUACUGGUCCUCCCCUCUGAUGUAUGCCCAGAAUGCCAUAGCGGUGAAUGAGUUCCUUGGCAAUAGUUGGCAGGUCGAUAAGACAGAAAACAAUGGCACACUCGGUGUCCAAAUCCUAAAGGCACGGGGCAUUUUUGUAGAGCCAAACUGGUACUGGGUUGGUGUUGGAGCAUUGCUUGGAUACAUCAUGAUUUUCAAUUUACUCUUUGUACUGUUCCUUGACUGGCUUGGCCCACUUAGAAAAUGCCAAACUAUUGUUUCUGAGGAGGAACUGAGAGAGAAGCAUGUAAACCGUACCGGUGAGAAUGUUGAACUGCUGCCUCUUGGAACAGACUGCCAGAAUUCACCAUCCGAUGGAAGUGGAGAAAUCACCAGAGCAGACACUAAGAAGAGAGGAAUGGUACUUCCAUUUACGCCAUUGACAAUCACCUUUGACAAUAUCAAAUACUCCGUGGACAUGCCUCAGGAAAUGAAAGACAAAGGUAUUACUGAAGACCGGCUACUACUGCUGAAGGGUGUAAGUGGAGCCUUCAGACCUGGAGCCCUUACGGCAUUGAUGGGAGUCAGCGGAGCGGGUAAAAUGACUCUAUUGGAUGUGUUGGCAGGAAGGAAAACUAGUGGCUACAUUGAAGGAGAUAUUUACAUAUCUGGAUGGCUGAUGUUUGUGGAGGAGGUUGCUAAACUCGUCGAGCUCAUGCCACUGAGAGGAGCAUUAGUGGGGCUGCCAGGAGUGGAUGGUUUGUCUACCGAACAGAGGAAGAGGCUCACUAUAGCAGUUGAGCUUGUUGCCAACCCAUCCAUCAUAUUCAUGGAUGAACCAACUUCGGGACUAGAUGCGAGGGCAGCUGCAAUUGUGAUGAGGACAGUCAGAAACACGGUCGAUACUGGACGAACAGUCGUCUGCACAAUCCAUCAGCCCAGCAUCGACAUCUUUGAAGCUUUUGAUGAGCUGUUCUUGCUAAAACGGGAAGGUGAAGAAAUAUACGUUGGCCCCUUGGGACACAAGUCAUGCCACCUAAUUAAGUACUUUGAGGGAGUACGAGGUGUGAAGAAAAUCAAGGACGGUUACAAUCCUGCAACAUGGAUGUUGGAAGUGACCACCCUAGCUCAAGAAGACAUUCUUGGGUGCAACUUUGCUGAAGUAUACAGGAAUUCAGAUUUAUACCGUGGCAAGAGGGACCUGUUCGACGCUUUGGGAUCCAUGUAUGCUACGGUUCUUUUAAUUGGAGUUCAGAAUGGCCUAACCGUACAACCGAUAGCAGAAGUUGAGAGAACAGUAUUCUAUCGAGAAAAGGCUGCUGGAAUGUACUCGGCUCUACCCUAUGCUUUUGCACAGAGGAUACCAAUACGGUGGAUUUGGUACUCGUGGACAUGCCCAGUGGCUUGGACACUAUAUGGACUUGUGGCUUCCCAAUUUGGAGACAUUACAGAUGUUAAGCUGGAAGACGGGGAAAUAGUGAAAGAUUUCAUCAACAGAUUCUUUGGGUUUACGCAUGAUCACUUGGGUUACGCAGCUACUGCCGUUGUUGGCUUCACUGUUCUCUUUAGUUUCAUGUUUGCCUUCUCCAUCAAAGUAUUCAACUUCUAG